AUGGAUAUUCAAGAAAUUAUGGACACGAUUCCACUUGCUUUCUGGAAGAGCUUGGCUUUCCAACAGAUCGCGAAGAGGGAAGACUUGCAAUUGCCCAAGUGGUCGAUCUUGGUGAACAACACAGGCGUCCAAGUUUCUCUCUUUUGGCAGAGCUCCACGGCAGAUGCAGCGGAGGAGGCCUCCGCCGCCGCCACAUUCGAAAACGGCACCACCAAUCACGUGAGCGGCUCCACCACAUCGCAACUACUCACUGCUCAGAAGAGUGAGCUUCUUGAACGCAUUCAGCGCAUCAAGGACGAAAAUGAGAUUAGCCUUCCAAGCUCCGAAGCAAUCAGUCCUUCGCUGCAGACUCUACUCCAAGCAGCGAUGCAAAAGGGACUCCUAGCGCCAAACUCGACGUUGUCGGUAGUCGAGCCAAACAAUUCAAUCACGUCGAGCUCAUCCGGUGACGAGCCGAUGAGCAACCACCCGGCGAAACUGCAAGAUGUUCUCAAGCAAAUCAACAUGUCAACGUCCCAGGCGCUCGGUGAGAAGCCAGCAAAGAUAAGGCGAAAAUCGACACCAAUCAAGAAUCUUUCGUUGAACGCUGCAGCACUAGCGAAUCAGGCAUCCAAAAGACUCGUCGAAAUAAAAAACCAUCAUCUCAGUGAUCAGAACGGGCCUUUUGGGGCGACCCUAGCCAGUAUGGCAGCGGCAAUGGGAGGAACGACGGGAACUGUGGAUGAAGAUAUUGAAACUAUUGAUACAAGUGUAUGUAUAAAGCAAGAGGACGAGGAAGAGGGAAUGGAUCAGAUCGAACGGAUAGCGGCAAAGACGGGCACCCUACAAACACUUCAAAAGAUGAGAACAGAAGCGCAGCGAGGAACAUUGAAUCUUUCAAAAGCAGUUAGACUUUUGGCCAGAUGUCUUUUCAACGAGGAUGAACUAGUUGUGGAGUCGAUUAAGGAUCUCGACCAGCAUAAAGUGGACCUGCUCCAUUCCGAGACGACUAAAUGGUACAACUGCACAAUGACUGAAGUGAGGCAAGUAAUGUCGUUUCGUCUUUCCGAAAUACGAAAGACAAAACGUGCCUCACAUUGGGGCAAACGCGCUCCGCAACAAUCCAAUGGAAACACAACGCUGAUGCUUGGCUUGCCGACUAUGCUCAACGAGCCUUUUAUUCUGCCCAAACCAACGGAUAUACAGAUUUCCAAAACGACGUCAUCGCCGAAUAGUUCAAAUUAG